UCCAUGAGCUAUUGUACUAUUUGUAGAUUAUUUCGGUGACGACAUCCUAGGGUAUAAUUGUUGUAAAAGAAAAUUGUUCGUACGCAAAACUGUAACAAGAUUUGUUACCACUAUAAGUUAAAAAAGACACAAUGUCUGGAAUUGCCAUUGCUCGAUUGGCAGAGGAGAGAAAAGCCUGGAGGAAAGACCAUCCUUUUGGUUUUGUAGCAAGGCCAACAAAAAAUCCUGAUGGGACCUUGAACCUCAUGAACUGGGAAUGUGCAAUUCCAGGGAAAAAGGGGACUCCAUGGGAGGGCGGUUUAUACAAACUAAGAAUGAUCUUCAAAGAUGAUUAUCCUUCAACACCACCAAAGUGUAAAUUUGAACCACCACUGUUCCAUCCUAACGUGUACCCUUCAGGAACAGUCUGUCUCUCUCUAUUGGAUGAAGAAAAAGACUGGAGACCUGCUAUAACAAUCAAACAGAUCCUGCUGGGUAUCCAAGAUUUGCUUAAUGAACCAAAUAUCAAGGAUCCUGCUCAAGCCGAAGCUUAUACUAUUUAUUGUCAGAACAGAUUAGAAUACGAGAAGAGGGUUCGAGCACAAGCUAAGGCUAUGGCUCCACAGGAGUAGAGAAUGGAAACACAAGAUUUCUUUAUUGUUGGAAAUGGAACAGAAUAUUACUUGUCUUAAAUAUGUUCCAGUAUCACUUAUUUACGAUUGUUUGUGAAAUAAAAAAAUGUCGAUUUUACUAAAAUUCUUUGUAUAAAUCUCACACAUGUUUUCAUAGUUAACCCCAUAUUGUGAUAUUGAAUUUUAUUUGUAUUCAUUAUUUUAUUGUAUCAAACUUCUGUGUGUGUGUUUUUUUUUUACAAAUAAAAAUCAUAAAAUUCACAGUGCAUGUAAUUUAAACUCUGUGUGCUGUGGGAAAAUGUACAAUGAAAAACUUUCAGUUCUAACAGCUUCGUAGUUUUCUACCCUAAGUGUAUUGAUUUGUUUAAAAACUUAGAAUAGCAUACAUUUGCUUUUUUAUAUCUUAAAAAUAUGUGUAGGUUGUUUAGUCAUUUGUUUAAUGUUAUUGUCAAGUGCUUUCUGUUGUUUGUGUGUUGGUUUGUAUAUAUAAAUAGUUAUUUGUAUUCAAUUUUAAUAUCUGUGUGUUUUAGGUGGAAAAUAAAAGUUUCCUUUUCCAGUAAAA